AUGUUGGAAAUUCAAGUCGGGCAGAUAGCUAAAGCUAUGAAGUUGAAGCAAAAAGGAAAGUUGCCUGGGACAGUCGAGACUGUCCCGAACCAAGCGAAGGCCAUCGAAACAAGGGGUGGGAAGCGGACGCAAUCACCACCGCUGCCAAAUAGAGGUAUUAAUCAUUCUUCUACCCCUAUUGUUGCUAACGUGCCUGUGCAGGAUGAAGUUAUACAGAUUCCAUUUGAGGAAGAAGGUCCAUCCAAACCGCAAGCGAUACCAGCCGCUCGGGUGCCUGAACCGAAGGAAAUGGGUCCUGCUCAGCCCUUGGCUCGAGCCCCCUUUCCCACACCACUUGGGAAAAAGGAAAACUUCAAGGAAUUUGAUAAGUUUGAUAUAAUCAAUCGGAAGCGGGCAUCUCCUGACGAAGCGGCAACGGUGCAGCUGGAGAGUGUGUGCAGCGCCGUAUUUAAGGAAAACCUCCUAAAGAAACUCAGCGAUCCUGGGAUUUUUAUUAUUAUUUGUACUAUAGGAAAUUUAGAGCCGAUUAGGGCAUUAUGUGAUCUAGGAGCAAGUAUCAAUCUUAUUCCCUUCUCGUUUUUCUCUAAAUUAGGGCUUUAUGAGUUAAAAGCAUACAGAACUGUAAUUCAACUUGCCGAUAAAUCAAUAAGAUUACCUAAAGGAAUUAUUCGUGAUGUACUCGUGCAAGUAAACAAAUUUAUUUUCCCUGCAUAUUUCAUUAUGAUGGAAAUGAGCGAAGAUCGCAAAAUUCCAACUAUCUUAGGGAGACCUUUCCUAGCCACCGCUCAAGCUACGAUAAACGUCGCCGAAGGCGAAAUUUCAUUAAGCUUUGGUGGCAAUAAAGUCACGUUUUCCAUGAACCCAGCGUUGUGUCAACCUCAUAAAGAAAAUUGUGAUUUUAUCAAUGAGCUAAAUGAAGAUUCAGCAGAGGCAAGCGAUGAGAUGCCAGUGCCUACUGAAUCCAUUGAACGAGCUACGAGGGAACCAGCCAGCGACACCAACAUAAAGGACGAGCUGGAGAAAUUACCUGAGCACCUCAAAUAUAUAUUCCUUGGCCCGAAGGAGAGUUACCCGUUGAUAAUCUCCGCCUCACUGUUGCCGGACCAAAAGGCUUAG